CACAGGAAAGAGUUUAGUAAAUACGGAAAGAUAUUGAAAAUGGUUAUAAACCAGUCGUCGGCGUACGUGACGUACUCUCGGCCGGAGGACGCGGUGGCGGCCAUCAAAUCGCUGAACGAAAGCACCGGUAAAUCGGGUCAGAGGUCGUCGGCGGCGUCGACCGCCAGCAAUGGUCAACAGCAGCCGUUGAGGGCGUCGUUGGGCACAACCAAAUACUGUACUCAUUGGCUCCGCAGCCAAAGCUGUCCUAAACAACCCGAUUGUAUGUAUUUGCACGAAAUGGCCGAACCGGAGGCCUCGUUCACGAAAGAGGAGAUGCAAUUGGGAAAGCAUACGGAAUACGAGAAACGAUUGAUACAACACUACUUGGAUCUGUUGGCCAAAGAGAAAGCGGAGAAAACUAACCGCAAGAACGCGGCCAAAGACCACACCGAUAGCAACACCACAACGACAACCGCCACCACCGGUGACAAAGUGCAGAGCAAAACCAUUACGAUUAACAAUAAGACCAAACAGAGACACCACAAGAACAACAACAACAGCCACAACCACCACAACAACACCACCGCCCAUAACAAUCACACCAACGGCAGCGCCGGUAGUAAUGGUUUUAAUGGCGAGACCAACGGUUUUGGCGACGAGUAUAGCAACGAUUCGAUGGCGAACGGAGAGAGCGGUGACAGCAACGCCGGUACCGCACAGUCGUCGUCGUCGCCGGUGACACAGGGCUGGGGAACGCCGACCACUCAGACGACCGCCGGUCGAGCGAUGGUAUCUUCCAACAACUCGUCCGCCAACUCGGAGUCCAAUAGUUUAAGUUCGACACCGAAUCAGACCUCCGGAGCCGCACAACCGUCACCACAGGAAGCGCUGGUACAUCAGCUCCAGCACGGGGUACGUCUCGGCCAAACCCAACGCAUACUGAGCCAAACGUACCAGAAGUCUGCCGGCGGUGGCGGCGGAGGAGCCAGUGAUCUGUUCAACAGUAUAGAUGAUAACGCAGUGGACGCACAGAUAAUGCAGACGAUGGCCACCAAAACGGUCGAUAUGGACGGCGAUGACAGUAACGAUGACAUCACAGCCAACGAUGACGACGACGACGAUGGUGAUGAUGACGACGGUCUGGACUUUGAUCCCAUCUCCAUAUCCACCCGCGGACUACAGGAUCUGUUAAAAGACUCGUCGAUAAUGAUGACCACCGGAAUGGGUGCCAAUUCUGGCGCCGGUGUUAUCGGCCAUCGACAGCAGCCCAACCAUGUCUUCAACAAUCAGUUAAACUCGGAUCACAUGUACAUGUCUUCGGCGUCGCAUAAUCUGCCAAUAGGUCCGAAACCACCACAAAACUCGAUGCAAAUGCCGAUCCAACAAAUGAUGGCCAAUAAAUCGGUGGCUGACUAUCAAAACAGUUUGUUAGCCAACAAUCGACACCAUAUGAUGAACGCGUUUAACAAUCAACAAAUGUCUGGAUCACUAUCACAGCAACAACAACAACAACAACACCUGACCCAACACCACAUACAUAGCCAACAACAACAACAACCCCCUCCUCUCUGGCAAACACAGCAACAAAACUCUUUACGGCAACUCUUGCCUAACGUUAACAUAGCAUUUAGACAACAGCCCAAUGGGGCGCCCGGUAUGGACACCAACGGCGGUCCCAAUGCUUUAAUGAACGGUUUUGCCGGCAAUUUAAAUACAAAUAAUAGUUCACAACAAAUGAUCCCAAAUAUUAGACAACAACAGCAACAGUCUAUAGCUCACCAAAUGGGUGGCCAAUCGAUGAUAAGCGGACACCCGGUGUGGAGUGUGUCUCACGACGGAUAA